AUGCCGCGCUUCCACUCCGACUCCGAUUCCGACGACUACGUCCCACGCCAGCACUACCGCUCUCCCCGCCGGCGCUCCCCCACCCCGGGGCCCCGGCCCGUCCGCGACCCCUCCCCAAUCGAUGACCGCCACCCACGCUUCGAAUACGAGCCACACACCCCCUUCUACCCGCCAGUAGCCUCCGGCGGCGCCGGUCCCAGCCCGCACCGCUCCCACUCAGCCGGACCUAGAGACACCACCUACACGACCACCAGCACAACGGACGACACCCCCACCACCAUGCCCACCGACUCCACCAUCCUCACCCACCGCCGCCGCGCCCGCGACCGGGACCGGAACCGUGACCGAGGCCACCACACACCCCGCCAUCACCGCUCCCGCUCCUCCUCCUCCUCCCCCGGCUUCUCCUACCCCACCGACUCCGACGGUGGCUAUUCCUCCGCCGACGACCGCCACCUCGCCCCCCGCGACCGUCGUGACCGCCGGCACCGUGACCACCACCACCGCCACGGUCGCAGCAAUUCACAUUCAAAGUCCCGGUCCCCGCUGCACAAAGCCCACUCCCUCCUCUCCAACACCUUCACCCCGUCCACCUCUGGCCUUGGCGUCGGCGUGCUGGGCGCGAUUGUCGGUGGGUUGGCGGCGAGGGAGGCGAGUGAGGCUGUUGCGGGGCGCGAGGAGGUCUCAGCCAAAUACGCCAACACCAAUGAGUCCCCGACCUCCAUACCGCAACACCCACCUCAGAAAUGCAACCUAGAGGGUAUCGUCCAUUUCCGCCAAAUCGUGAAAAACGCCAGGAACUAUCCCGCGCACGGCUGA